AAAAUUGGGAAUUCCCCCAAAAAUUAACACGAAAACAUCAUCACCGCGGAAAUAAAUCGACAUACAAUACAUUGGCACAUUGGACUAAGUCGUCUAAGUUACGGUAAAUAAUUAUUGGCUGUUUCAACAAACCCCUCUUUAACUUCUAAGCAGUUUAAAACUGAUCGAUUUUGCAAAUGUUCUUUUAAUGUUUAUUAAAUUAUUUGAUGUUCAUAGUAUAGACCUAAAAAUUAUCAUCUAUCGUGUGGAAGUGUGGUUAGUUAAAAAACGAAAAUAGUACGAUCUGUCAGUGUAUCUGCUAAGGACCAAAGCAAGGAACCUUGACCUAGUCACACACACAAAUUUCUGUAGACUCCAGAAAGAACUGGUUGAAGAUAAUUUAAUUAAUCAUAAUUGCAAUACAAUGAGUCGAAAAGAUAAGGAGCGAUCUUGGUCAUCUUAAAUAAAAAUUGACCGUCAUGGACCACCUAAACAACCAGGUAGGCCAAUAAUUAAGGCAUUUCAUUAAUAAUGACAUUAUCAUUGAGGCUUUAAAUUUUAAAACUUCAGCUUGCACAUAAUUUGACAUAGUCAUACUCAUACUCAUAGACAGACAUAAAGUAAAUUUAUAAAAGCCUUGCUGCUUGCUUAGCAAUAUUUCAGCCAUUUGAAUUUGAAGUUCAAUGUAGUAAUGUAGUAGUUAUUUUAAAGUGGAGGGUCAGGUCCUCCCAUAACCACUGGAAGCUUAAUUUGCUAAAUGGAUUACUAAAAUUGUAUUAAUAAAUUAAUAGCUUUAAUUUGAACAACUGACCUUAGUCGUUAUCUUAACAAGUUAAAAGUACAAUCAAUGCUCAAUCAUCAAUUCAAUUCAAUGCAUUUAUUAUGAUAAAAUUAAGAUGAGGUUUUUAAAGAAAAUAUAUAAUAUAGGCCUACUAGUGUACGCCAUUAUUGAUUAUUAAAAAUCAUAUCUAAUAUAUUUGCUCAAUAUUUGUAGUAAUUAUAGGAAGCAAUAUUUGAAAUAUAAACUUUGUCCCAAAAGACAUAGUAUGUAAUAGGCCUACAUUGUUGUCAUUAUCAUUAUGAUAUUAUCAAUAUUGUAUGACAUGACGUAAAGUAAAGAUACCCAUCAAUAAUCACUUAAUAUAAUAAUAGUAAACAAAACUACAAAAAUCCAGCCAGUCCCAUGCUGCUUACUGCUUACCUGUUUCUGCAAGCUCUUCUACAUGUAAACUGUAGAGUGUAAUGAAAGCCUACUUCUAGAAAUGCACUGUCUUCAGGGUUUAAAACUAUAAAAAUUUGAAUAUAACUUGUUUUAUUUUAGAUUACAAAACUAUCUUACCUGAUUGUUUGUCUCUUUUUAAUGAAUAUUUUCUCCCUAAUAAUAAAAAAAUUGUACAUUAUUAUUAUAUCUCAUAAGAUGAAAUCCAAGUUUUAUUGUAAACAUCUCUGCGUCAGUCAUUCACCAACAAAGGCAUAAUGGAUAAAUCAAAUAUCGGUCAGAUACCAAAUGGCCAACUAUCAACUGUCAAGUUAAUUUUGAAUGGAAAACUUCAAGAUAUUGUCCAGAAAUAUUCAGCACUUCAGAAACUGAUGGAGAAUGUAGAUGCAUGCAUGGCAAAAGUAAGUCCAUAAAAAAUAUUUAUCUUUCACGCAAAGGCAAGUGGCCAUUCAUGAAUAACCUAUUUUUGUGUGUUCAUAUUUAUUUGUAAUAGCCUAAGUAACAUAUAAUUCCAUGAAAAUAUGUUAGGUAAUAAUUAAUGAAAUUAUAAACAUUCAAUUUUCUAAAGUGAGAAUUUUGUUACGCAGGCAGAAGCAAAGGUCAUGAAUCAUGAGAUGAAAAACUCUGCUGCCGAGUCUUUAAAACUGGCAACACAUUUGGAUCUUAUGCAUGAACAGUUGUCCAUCUGCCAGGAGGCAAUAACAACAAUAACCAAUCUGGAUGGUGAGUUAUUCAAAAUUAUUUUUUUUAAAUAUGUUAAUACUGCGGCCAUUUUAUUGGAGUUUUUUCAAAUUUGAUGCCUUGUCACAAUGAAAACAUGACCAACUUAAAAAAUUGUAAUGUAAUUUUGUAAAACCCAAAUUUACAGUCAACAAAGACAUAUGACUGCAACAGAUAAGUGGUACUUAAUUUCAAACAGUGUGUUAUGUGUAUCCUCUUAAUAGCAGGGGAAGGUGGAGUUCAAAUAUCUAUAUCCAAAUCUAUUUGAUAACGUCAUAAUAAAAUUAUCAUUACUUGUAGUUGACUCACCAGUUGUUACCCCUACUGAUGCUGCUCAGAACAAAGGAGAUCGAUCAGUGACCAGUCCUGUAGAGAAUACUUUGACCACCAGCCAAGGUAAUUGUGCAUCGGCCGUCAAUGUUGUAAAGCUUCAGCUAGAAUCCUUGCAGCAACAGAUGUCCUGCAUGCAGGAAGCUCAUGAGACUUACAUAGCCAAAAGAUUAAAUGACGUCGAAACUAAGCUGGACCUGAUCAAUACAAAGGAAGCUGAUCGGUUCAACAAGUUCGCAUCACAACUACAGAAAUCUGAAGAGAAACAGUUGCUAAUUGAUAAUCUGCAGCUAAAGGUUAAUGACAGCGUCAGCCUUCUCAUCACAGAUGUGACCAGACUUAAAACGGAUCUGGUCGGUGUUCGCGACAAUGUCACUAAAUUAAAAUCUCAUCAGGAUUUUAAUGACCAGCGGUAUGCAGCAAUGAAAUCUGACAUGGAUGCGUUACAAAAGUUAAGAGACACUUUAAACAGGAUGAAUCAUAACGUGUCCAACAGAGCGGAACUUUCUGACAAAAUAGUCAAGGUGCAAGAAGAAAUAGCAUUGUGUCAAGUCUUACUGGCCAGUAGAGAGAACAUGCCACGAGGUAAUCCUUUUGAUUUAAAGAUCUACAAUAAAUGGGGACAGUGGGGGGGGGUUAAGUAGGGUUGAAAAAAAUUUUCAAUUAUGUUAUUUGUUUUGUGUACACACACACACAAAUUCUAUAUAACAUGUUUAUUAUAUAUUUGAAUUAGGCAAGAAUCUAUUAUAUACUUUUUAUAAAAUAAUUGAACGUUUUUUUUUAAAUCUUGUAUAACUUGGUAGCAGUUUAAGGGUAUGGUAAAUAAAAAUUAUUUUGUAAAAUGAAAUGUGGCUAAUAACUUUUUUUAUUUUAUCUGUUCGGUGUGUUGUCAUCUUUUUAAUGUCUCUGUGUCUUAUCAUCUUUUUAAAGUGUCUGUGUUAUUGUCUCUUUAAUGUUUCAGUGUAUUAUCAUCUUAUUAAUUUCUCAGUGUUUACACUUUUUAUAUUCAAGUAACAAUUAGAUAGAAAUGAAAAUGUAAGCAAAUAAAAUGUUGACUUUACCCAAAGAAUUAAUUGAUUUGUUCACAGUAAGUAAAGCUGUGGUUGACAUAUUUUAUAUCUAUCCUAAAAUGCAUUAAAAAUGUUAUCUGAUCUGAGAACGUUGGUUACAAUAAGUUGCUUACUAUAUCCACAGAUGACGAAAGGGAAAUAUUGCCAACAUUUACAGUGGAAAUGCUUCCUAACACUGUGGUUAUGCCAGGAAAAGUAAUUAAAUUUGAUAAAAUUAGCUACAACAACUGGGGCUGCUAUGAUGAACAGACAAAUACUUUUGAAGCGCCUGUGGGUGGAGUUUAUUUUUUUGGCCUGUCAAUCAAUUUGAAAUCAACUGGUAUCUUGACCGCUGUCAUUUCACGUAAUGAGAUACCAGUCUCUAUGUGCACAGCACCUGAUGUGAGGGACUCCCAAACCAUUAGCACUUCCAUCUUAUUGGUGCUGUCACCUGGGGACAAAGUCUGCGUAGAAGCUGACAUACAAACGUCCCCGAGAGGUGUGGAACUUAGCAGUGAAUGUUCACAUUUCUUUGGGUUUUGUCUUAUUAAAAAUUAAGAAGACAAGAAAAUUUAAUUGAAAUCUUUAGUAUUGGGUUGUCAGUGUUAAAAGAUUCGAUGUGAAAAAAUUGCUUACCAGUAUAUUUAUUGUGAUAGUUUUAUUAUCAUCCUUGCUAGACAUUUUACACAGCCAAAUAAAAUCGAACAAUAGAUUAGAAAUGUUUUUAAAUUGGUUAUUUUGUGAUUUUCAAAUUUAUUGUUAAAGAAUUUUCUUUACUGAUUUCACUCUAAUAAUUGUUUUUUAAAUUUAUUUAAUUCUUCAAUAAAAUAUGCCUAGAAGAUAGGGAAAAAAGCAUUGAAUAUAAUUUUCCUUAUGCACUGGAAGCUAAACAGACUAGAUUCCGCCAUGAUGUUUGAAAAGACAUAUGAUUCUCUGCCCUUGUUAAGCGAUGUGAGGUAAGCAGGCUUCAUCUGUCCUGCAUCACAUCCAUGGUAAUGCUUCUGUGCACUAUUAAUUAUAUAAUGAGUUAUGUUAAAGUUUAUAAUUUUUUCUAUACUGAAUGUUAUGAUUUGGAUCAUUGACUGUAUUUAUAUUGUGUUUAUAGUUGACUAUUUAAAUUUAUAUCUUGUUCAUAGAAAUGAAGGAAUAAGUGAUGGAAAGUGUGUCAAUAAAGUCACUGGUUUCUCUAAAGAACCUAAGAUUUUUUUAAAUUGAAAAAUUACUCUAAGCAAAGACCUGACCUAAACAAAGACCUGACCUAAACAAAGAUCUGCUCUAUAUAAGACCUGACCUAAACAAGACCUGAUCGAUAUAGGACCUGACCUAAACAAAGACCUGACCUAAACAAAGAUCUGCUCUAUAUAAGACCUUACCUAAACAAAGACCUGAUCUAAACAAGACCUGAUCUAAAUAAAGACCUGAUCUAUAUAGGACCUGACCUAAACAAAGACAUGAUUUAAACAAAGACCUGAUCUAAACAAAGACCUGAUCUAAACAAGACCUGAUCUAUAUAAGACCUGACCUAAACAAAGAUCUGCUCUAAACAAAGAUCUUCUCUAAACAAAGAUCUGCUCUAUAUAAGACCUGACCUAAACAAAGACCUGAUCUAAACAAGACCUGACCUAAACAAAGACCUGAUCUAAGCAAGACCUUGUUACGUAUUGUUAUCAAUAUAUUUAUUUUAUUAUGUUAAUUAUAAAUUAAAAAGCAAAAGAAAUAAAAUUAAAGCCAUUGACAUACAGUAUAAUGAUUGGCUUGUACCGGUACAGUGUUGAAGAAGUGUUGUAAAAAAUGUACAUUGAUGAAAAGGAAUCUACACACACACUGUAAAA